UCCUAUUUAAAAGUCUCCUUCUUUCCAUAAAUCUCUCAUCUUUAAUAAACUAGCCGUUACACAUCUCUCUCUCUCUCUCUCCGUCUCUCUCUCUCUUUCUUUCUCUAAACCUUCAUCAAUGGCUGCUUCUGUUGAAACUCAAUCACCUAAUCAUACUAACCAGGAAGGAACAAGCUUGAACAUGGUUUCUGCAACUUGUUUUGGUUCUUCUCCAUCGAUUGUUAGUCCAUCUUCAGACAAGCGUUUAUGGAGUAAUCUUCGUAACAGGAUAGAUGUUCUUCUCGAAGAAAAGAGCAGAGAUCACAAACCCAUCGCCAAUUCGAUUACUACGGGAGAAUCAGAGAGAUCAAAGAGGUUUAAGAACGAUUCGAUGCUUCUGCUUAAAGGGUUUGAUUCGGUUUCUCAUACUCUUUCUCUGCUUUCUAGUAACCUCGACAAUGCCCUUCAGGGAGUAAGAGAAUUAGCUAAACCACCUACGUUAUCUGAGAUACUCCACUCGAAUCUUCAAGCUGAUCAGAUACAACGACAACAGAAAGAAGAAGAAGAAGAAGAAGAAGAAGAGAGUAAAGGGACGAAGAGGAAACACGAAUCUGACGUUGAAGAAAAAGAUGAUUCUUCGAAUGAAGAAGAGAAGAGACCAAAAGAUAGGAAAAUCAUGAAGAGGGCUAAGAACAUUGCGAUAUCCAUGGCAGCGAAAGCGAAUUCACUUGCAAGAGAGCUUAAAUCCAUAAAAUCUGACCUGAGUUUUAUCCAAGAACGUUGUGGUUUGCUUGAAGAAGAGAACAAGAGACUCAGAGAUGGGUUUGUGAAAGGUGUUAGACCUGAAGAAGAUGAUUUGGUGAGGCUACAAUUGGAGGUGUUGCUUACGGAGAAAGCUAGACUAGCGAGUGAAAACGCGAAUCUGGUUAGAGAAAAUCAGUGUCUUAACCAGAUGGUUGAGUACCAUCAGAUCACAUCUCAAGAUCUAUCUCCUUCAUAUGAACAAGUCGUUCAAGGUUUAUGCUUAGAUUUCUCAUCCCCUGUUCCUCAAUUCGAUGAUGAUGAAGAAGAAGAGGAUGAAUCAAGAUCUCAUCAUGUCUCGAAAGCUCUCAACGAAAGCUUUGAGAAAACAGAAGAAGAAGAAGAAGAACAACAUUGAUCAAGACAAGUUUUUAGAUUUUCUGUGUUUCGUUCUAAAUUUUUCCAUAAUUGAUGAUUAGGUUUUGUGUGUUUCGUUUUGACUAGUCUCUUGGUCUCUAAGGCAUAAAGUUGUAACACCCCACUGUUUGUUGUAAUAAUUUGGUCACAUAUUACGUUAGAUAAAAUCGCUAAUGGUGGAUAAAAUCGCUAAAGGAACUUGACGAUUCGCUCAAGGCUUAAGCUACCACCAGGCACCAGUUUCACGAAUCUGAAAGACGAGGCCGCGGUUUGGAGCUUGAAUACAUGCAGUUUCAUAGUCUUAAGUUAAAUACAUGCAGUUUCAUAGUCUCUAAGAUAUAAAAUUGUAAACAUCCCACAUUCCCCCACAGCUUGUUGUAACAAUUUGGUCAGGUAUGAAGUAAAU